GCCCCCCCCCUCCCUCCCCCCGCGCGCGCGGGCCCAACCCGGGCCCCGUCUCGCACUCUGCCGCGGCCUCUCGGCGUCUCGCCCGUCACUCGCCGCCGCCGUCCUCGUCCUCCUCGUCAAACCUCGUCCCUCCGAUUGACGACGCUCACAAGACGCGCCUCCUCGUUAAUGGCAUGGACCCAGGAGUAGAAGCUACCGCUGCGGGGGAUGUGCUGCCCCCUCACCUGCAGGCCCCUCGCAGGCCUGGCCUCGGCACGGUGGGAAAGCACAUCAAGCUUCUGGCAAACUACUUUGAGGUGGACAUCCCAAAAAUCGAGGUGCAUCACUACGACCUGGACAUCAAGCCCGAGAAAUGUCCUCGAAGAGUCAACAGGGAGGUCGUGGACUACCUGGUCAACCGCUCCAAUGUGCAGUUUUUCCGGGAUCGGAAGCCGGUGUUCGAUGGCCGGAAAAACCUGUACACGGCGAGUGCACUGCCCGUCGGAAGAGACAAGGUUGAGCUCGAGGUGACGCUGCCGGGCGAGGGUAAGGACCGUGUGUUCAAGGUGGCGCUCAAGUGGGUGGGCUACGUGAGCUGGCACGCGCUGCACGACGCGCUCGCGGGCCGCAUCAUGCAGGUUCCCCAGGACCCUGUGCAGGCGGUGGACGUAGUGCUACGACACCUGCCCUCCAUGCGAUACACGCCGGUCGGACGCUCGUUCUUCUCGUCCCCCGAGGGAUACAGCCACCCAUUGGGUGGUGGCCGCGAGGUCUGGUUCGGUUUCCACCAGUCUGUGAGGCCGUCCAUGUGGAAGAUGAUGCUCAACAUUGAUGUGUCGGCCACGGCGUUUUACAAGGCUCAGCCGGUGAUAGAGUUCAUGUGCGAGGUGCUGGACAUCCGUAACAUCGACGAACAGCCCAAGCCACUCACCGACUCCCAGCGCGUGAAGUUCACGAAAGAGAUCAAAGGCCUCAAGGUCGAGAUCACGCACUGCGGGCAAAUGAAACGCAAGUACAAGGUGUGCAACGUGACGCGGAGACCGGCCAGCCACCAGACGUUCCCUCUGCAGCUGGACACGGGCCAAACGGUGGAGUGCACGGUGGCACACUACUUCCGCGACCGGCACAAGCUACAGCUCAAGUACGCACACUUGCCCUGCCUGCAGGUCGGCCAGGAGCAGAAACACACCUACCUGCCUCUCGAGGUGUGUAACAUCCUGGCGGGACAGCGCUGCAUUAAGAAGCUCACCGACAACCAGACGUCCACCAUGAUCAAAGCCACGGCUCGCUCAGCCCCCGAUCGGCAGGACGAGAUUAGCAAGCUGAUGAAGAAUGCUAGCUUCAACGUGGACCCGUACGUGCAAGAGUUUGGCCUGCGGGUGCGUGACGACAUGACGGAGGUGACAGGCAGGGUGCUGCCUGCUCCGAUGCUGCAGUACGGAGGCCGGAGCCGGGCUGUGGCAACGCCCAGCCAGGGAGUGUGGGACAUGCGGGGAAAGCAGUUCUACUGCGGCACGGAGAUCCGUGUUUGGGCCAUCGCCUGCUUCGCCCCACAGCGCCAGUGCCAGGAGGACGUGCUCAAGGGCUUCACGGAUCAGCUGCGGCGAAUCUCUAAAGACGCGGGAAUGCCCAUCCAGGGCCAGCCGUGCUUCUGCAAGUACGCACAGGGCACGGACAGCGUAGAGCCCAUGUUCCGCCACCUCAAGAACACCUACAUGGGCCUGCAGCUCAUCGUGGUGGUGCUGCCUGGCAAGACGCCUGUUUACGCGGAGGUGAAGCGCGUGGGAGACACGCUGCUGGGCAUGGCGACGCAGUGCGUGCAGGUGAAGAACGUGCUCAAGACGUCGCCGCAGACGCUCUCCAACCUCUGCCUCAAGAUCAACGUGAAGCUCGGCGGGGUCAACAACAUCCUCGUGCCGCAACAGAGGCCGGCCGUGUUCCACCAGCCCGUGAUUUUCCUGGGUGCAGAGGUCACUCAUCCUCCUGCCGGUGAUGGGAAGAAGCCUUCCAUCGCCGCCGUUGUGGGCAGCAUGGACGCCCACCCGAGCCGCUAUUGCGCCACGGUGCGUGUUCAGCACCACCGGCAGGAGAUCAUCCAGGACCUAGGCACCAUGGUGCGUGAGCUGCUCAUCCAGUUCUACAAGUCGACGCGCUUCAAGCCUACGCGCAUCAUCUUCUACCGCGACGGCGUCUCCGAGGGCCAGUUCCAGCAGGUGCUGUUCCAUGAGCUACUGGCGAUCCGCGAUGCUUGCAUCAAGCUGGAGAAGGACUACCAGCCCGGCAUCACCUACGUCGCUGUACAGAAGCGACACCACACGCGGCUCUUCUGCGCCGACCGAAACGAGCGGAUCGGGAAGAGCGGUAACAUUCCGGCAGGAACGACGGUCGACACGAAAAUCACGCACCCCAGCGAGUUUGACUUCUACCUGUGCAGCCACGCGGGGAUCCAGGGCACGAGCCGCCCCUCCCACUACCACGUGCUGUGGGACGACAACCGCUUCUCUGCGGACGAGCUGCAGGUGCUCACCUACCAGCUGUGCCACACGUACGUGCGCUGCACGCGCUCCGUCUCCAUCCCCGCGCCCGCCUACUACGCCCGCCUCGUCGCCUUCCGUGCGCGAUACCACCUGGUGGACAAGGAGCAUGACAGCGCUGAGGGGAGCCACGUGUCCGGCGCGAGCAACGGGCGUGACGCGCAGGCGCUGGCCAAGGCUGUGCAGGUUCACGUGGACACUCUGAGGACCAUGUACUUCGCCUGAAGGCCGGCGGGGCGGGGCGGGGCGCCCGGAGCGAGCCGGGCCCCCGCCACCCGCAAGUAUCGCUCGCUCGCCCGCUCGCCACCGACGCCCCCAGCACUCGCGCCUGCGGUGGCCGGCACCCUCAACCUCUCGUCCGUCCGUCCAUUCGCUCGUUCCCUCCCGGAGGUCGUGUCCCGCAGUGUGGUGGGAGGGGGGCGGUGGUCUGAGCACGAGUGCCAACCCGUUCGCCUCCUGUGCUCGCCCCUACGUGCGCCAUCUACUUGGGGGAAUUACUCGGCGCUUUCUCAUGGAUGAGCGGCAGGGGGGGGCGGGUUGAGGGGCGGGGGAGGGCGCUUAGUGGCAGCAAACAGUUCUCACUAUGGAGACGGUGUAAGGAGCGGCACCAUUGGGUGACCGUGCACGCUCACCCCCGAGAAUCGCCGCAUACGAAAUGCAAGAUCUUUUUAUUGCGUUUAAUCGACGAUUGCAAAGUUUAUGUGUCAUAGAUUAUAGACUAACAGCGGCAAUGGUGUUACAUUUGCAGAACUGUAUCCAUUGAAGUUUUUUGGACGAAUUGUUUGAUGUCAAGCAUGGCUUAAUACUGUUUAAGAAUCUGAAAUUAGAACAGCAAUGUAACAUUUAUUUUUGAUGUUCAAAAGAAAAACCUAAACAGAUUUUUUUAAAAUGUCAUCUAUAUAGUGAGGAUUGAUCUAAAAUGUUUUUUUUUUAUUGUUCCACAAAUUUCCACUAGGUUAUUAUUAUUCUUUUUUUCUUCCCAUUGCCAUUCGUUGUGGCCACUGACUGAUAAAAAAAAAAUCAGAUUCUUCUAAAAGAGAGCGAUUUGCUUCCCCGUUCCACAAGCAUCGGUUAAUCGAUAACAGGAAUGAUAAAUGUAGGCACGCCUUGUUUUUACACCAGUGCUUCUCUGUCUUUCGGCAGAGAGUGUCUGUGAAGACCGGUUACGCUGCGAUUAGAUUGGCUUCUGCCAACAAAUGGUGCAGCUCGCAUGGAAUCCAUAAUCGCGAACCGAAGAGCUGUGUAGAACCCGCAGCUUGGUUUUAGAUUCCUACCUGGACCAGGCUGCGGUCUUUUGGGCCAACAAACAUCAUGGGGAAAAUACGGAUAUAAAGCAAUCUUCAUUGGUCCAGGUUAACGGAUCAUUUGCUGGUGAAACCAGUUGUAGAGAUGGCAAUGCUUCGUGUAUGUGUGUUGAAAUUCUUUCGCAUCAGGAAGGACAACAGGCGAAACAUAAAAGCAGUCCAAAAGAAAUGAGUUUUCAAUUUAGAUUUAAAAGGGCGUAGCUCCAGUGGCUUCCGAAUAUCAGAAGAAAGAGCGUUCCAGAUGACGGCAGAAGCGCAUCUGAAAGCUUGCGAUGCGGGUGACUGUCUUUGUUCGAUGGUUAGCCAAAGUUCGCUGCUACGAGGAUGACCGCAGUUUUUCGUGAUGGUUUAUGCUUCGUGACAAGCAUUUCGGUACUUCCUGGUAUUUGUCAACGGUGGGGCGCCGAUUGGUCCGAAGAUUGUGAGCAGCGGGGUCUGUGUGGUCGGUCUUGCACUUAGUUUAAUGCAUGUUCCAGGAGGCCGAGGCUCAUGUUUGGAGGCACUGAGGUGAAUGGGGGGGGGGGGGGGGACAUUUGCGAUUCGUUCAUCACGGGCGUGAUUGGCAAUGGGACUUUAGGGACUGUGGCCAAAUCCAGAGUUUUCCGUGAAUUUGUUUUAAGAUGGGAAGAAAAAAAACAACAAAAAAUGCAAACGCAAAAAUGAGUAGCGAAGUAGUUUGUACAAUGUUAUUUAGUGUUAGGGAUAUUUUAAAAAAUGGCUUGGUCAUAGCUGUUAAAGGUGCUGAAACUAAGGGAAAACGAGGAUAGUGUAAUUGAACAAAGUACCUUUUCUUCCCAAUGAAAACACUUUUAUUGUAAGAUAUAUAACUUUUAAAUGACACGAAUGCUGUACGUCUACAGGCACGUUUUAGUAAUGUUGAGUCAUCGAACGAGGUACUAGUUUUGUAUUGAAUGGUCUUUUUUAUCGGUGUUUGUAAUGUGAACGAGUAGCUUGGUGGGGUUUCUAUGUCACUACAGUUCAACGCUCCUCAGUAUAACAGGUGACACAACAUUACCUAUCAUUAAUUAGAGCACUUGUCCUCCUCAGCUUUAUCAAUAUCCACCGACAUAUUUUUUCUGCCUCUUAAACGAAAAAAAAACUGUAGGAAAAAUAUUUAGGUGAUGAGGUUUUUUUUUUUAUCAGUGGGUUACUUAUUCUUGAGAAGGCAUCAUUCUGCUUGGAAACAGAUUUGUCGCUCAUGCGGUACACGUUUUUGUAUUUUAAUAUGUGGCCAGGUUUAUCAUGAGCUACUGGAAUUUACAGCACUAAAGUUGUUGCAGCAUAUACGCCGUGAACACGUGGUCUUGCCAUUGUGGAGCGAAAUCCGCACCACGGUCCAUGUCAAAUUACUGCCAGACACACACGGUGAUGUGAUGUGGGUGCACAUUAACGACUGGGCAUUAUUCUGGGGAAAUUUUAUUGAUUACUUUUCUUUCUUUCUUCAUAAAUAUGGAGCCCACUUUAAAGUGUACAAAAUCCCAACAAAAUUUGCCCCCAACAAAUCGGCUGUUUUAUUACUAAAAAUGAAAGUGGGAAAACAAGCCGAAUGCUAUGCACUUAAAGCAAACCCUGGAACACAACACCAGGCUUGUCUGAGAGCCAGGCUCGUAAAAGUAACGUUCGUAGAUAACAUUUCGAGCUGCAAAUGAGCUGGCAUUGUACUUUGACGAGGUCAAGGCUCCAGGCUGAGCACACUGUUUUCCUAUAAACGGUCGCAAUAUGAGAGUCCUUAUGAGCCUCAUCGUAAGACUUCACGAUGACGCUCAACGUAAGAUCGUCAUCGCCGCGUGCAGCCUCUCGCGCGUUUAUGCUGGUGUCUGGGUGCAUCCCUCGCGGGCUUCUCAUCCUGGGGAGCUCUUCCACACGUGGCUGGUGACAGCGCUCGUUAGAAUUUUCAUGCUAGGUCUUAAAAUGGCAGACCGCAAGAACGAGCACAUUAACGUGCUCGUGAUCGUUUUUUAAAAAUCAGUUUUUUUUUAUAUAUAUAUAUGGCCUCAAACUGGUAAGCAUUUAAAUUGGACGAUGGGUCGUCUUGCUAGGCGUGAGGAAAGAAAGUGCGUCGAGUUCCAGCUGGGUUUCAUUCAUGUCUGGAUGGUUUUCAGAAGGCAGAGGUAUGCUGUUGCGUCGGAGUGACUGGGCUGUGUCUGUCUGCGAAGUGGUGCGUUGUUUUGGUGGCUCGCGUCUCGACGUGGCUGCACGCUCGAGUCUUGUGGGUCCUGUGUGCGCACGUGCGUCUGCAACGCAUUGCCUAGUCCUGGUCAGGUUCGUUGGAAGCAUAAUCUGGCUGCGACUGGGGCCCAGGUAGACGGCAGUUGAAUAAAAAUGUAAAGGGAGAAACGCCGAGUUAUAUUUUAUCUUAUCAAAAUGUUAACAUGGUGCUUAACCGGCAUCGCUGAGAUCUGGACUUCAAUUUUGCGAAAUCAUCGAUGAAUACAUUUGGAUGAUUAAUUGCAACAAGUUUAUUGUUUCAGCGCUGGUCACAAUGACAGCGCAAACUCAGAUGAGUUUUUUUUUGUUAUUGCUUAAUUUGGCCGAAUGCAGAUUUUCAUAUUUGGUUUGCUUAACAUGUGAUAAGCACUCUUUCCAAGGCAUGUAAAUAGUUGUGCCCCUAAAUGUUGUUGAAGAGGCCCACUGUAGCGACUUCAGAAUUAGUUAUGUGAUGUCAUCUUCCGAGGCUGCUCUUUAACAUGGCGCUGCACUGUUAGUUGCGGGUGUUCCCGAUGAAAAUCAUCUUCACGUAAUCGGUGAGCGCUUUAAUUACGUGAUAAAUAAGUCGCACAUUACACCACACAUCCAGUUGGUUGCACUUGUACAAGUCUUUGUUGCACCUUUUAAGAGGAGGCAAACGUUUGGUGAGGUUAGGGGCAUCCUAUCAACAAUCUGUGUACACAAUCACCGCCAUCAGGAGUAUUGAGCAAAUAUGUGAACGUGACACUUUAUUGAAGGAUGCAAUUGACAAUAUUUACACUCGUGAACAUACUCCUUUACAUCUGGGAUGAAAUGGAACAAACUGGUGUUGCAUAACUAAACGACAAUGCUCAUGUCCGAGUUUUUAUUCCUGUAUACCCCAGAGCCGGUUAUUACUGUCAAGUUACCAUUUGCCAAAUAAUUUGUGAUUUCCAAUUGAAAGUGAACAGCCAAUUGAAUUCUCAGAAAUGCACUUGUAUUAUCUUUUAAACCUACCGUUCCUAAGUUCUGCCAGCUUUGGCAAAGUCUGAUUUUUAAAAAUAACCACAAUAAUGCUUGUUUUAUUUCCCCCAACGUCAAUGCACUUAUUCUAUGUUACCACAAGCACGUAAAGGUGGAAGUUGGCUUCAGAAUAAUACAAAUGCUCACCAUUUGUUGUGAGUUUCUUCUCAAGGAGCUGCCCACAAAGGCGUUUUGGCUACUCUUGUUAUGCACUUAAGUUGUCAGGAAAUGUGUUCAAUCUUUAUCUGUUACAGUUAGAGGAUAAUUCAUUAACAAAAAAAACAUGCUAUCAUUAAUAAUAAGUCUCGCUGAGUUACAUGUCUCGUUUCCAGGAGGUUACUACAUUGGGUUGUUUGAGAAAUUUAAUAUAAAUUGAUUUGAAUUGAACCUUGACAUUUGUUUAAAUGUAUAUGUUAUUGAUAUUACAUUUCCCAAUUCCACUGGGAACGUCUGCCGUGAAAUAUUCUACACUUAAUAAAAAAGCAAGGGCAAGGAUCACAGUGGUGAGGUGGAUAUGGCUGUCUUUGCCCCCCUGUUGGAGGGGGGGUCUGUAGUAACCCAUGGGCGGGCUCGACACAGGAGGCAUGCAACGAUUUACCCUCAAUAAGUUACUCUAUGAACUGUCGCGAAUAUUCCGAGGUCAGGAUUUGAUCAAAUAAUCUGUGCUUGUGUCGCGUUUUCACCCUCGUUAGUAUUUUCUCAAUUGCACAUUUGGGUCCGCACCAUGAAGCCUGAAAAUAACAUCAGAAAAUAAUUUGCAUUCAUUGCAAAUUAUCUGUUCUGCCAAUCACGGGUUCGGUGCACAUUUUAAUCGAUGCAUCAUUAUAUUCCUACUGCACUGGGGUCCUUGAUGGCUAGGGUUAUGGUUAGGGGCCCUGCAACAACUACCAUUAACCCUUCACCCCCCCCCCCCCCACCCACAACCAUUCGAGACCCAUCCCAGGGAGCCAACAAACCGACUGGAUUUAAUGCCUUACCACGGAACUGCUCCUGAGGGCCGUAUCGUAAGAGUCCUGUACUGGAACGCACUUGGCCAAGGGUCGGUCACGUUUACAUGUUUUCGCUAGUGCCAUUCCCCCAGCUGGCGGGCACGUUUGCGUCGAGUGGUAAAUCUGUGAGCUCUGAACGGAACGGCCGUGGAGUGGCGUGGAAUGUCUUGGCUCGUCUGCAUGGUCAUUCGUUCACACAUGCCUUUUGGCUAACUCUGCAAUUGCUUAUCACGGACGGGUGUCCCCUUGGCUUAGGCCUGUGUGAGGGCAGUACCCAUUGAGACCAUCCCAGGGCAGGAUGGGAUCACUCCUGAGCCAGUAGGGGAAAUUCUGCAUUCCCAUAGCGGCCUCUAGGCAUGUAACCAUUUUACCUUUGUGGUUCGACGAAUUGUCAGGAUAUGGAGUCGCGAUUUAAUUUUAACAUGGUGUUAACACCUCCAGUGGCUGUGCAGCGUUCACGUGAAAACCCAGUUGCAUACAACUUGUACAAAUAAAAAAAGUGGUUUGUGUUUACACGCACGAUUCAAUGCAUAUGUUGCGAGCUUUUGAAUCUUAUUUAAAUCGAUGAAUUGAUGCGUCGUUACGUGCCUGGCAGCCAUCGUUAUCUCAGCAGGACUGCGACUGUAAAAUGUAUUUUCUCAAUUACAGUGUCAGGAGUUGGUACGUGUUUAACCCAACCUGGUUUGAUGAUGAACAUGAUGUGGGGUGGAGUCAACCAUGAAUGGGAUCCAGACUUAUUUUCUCAAUUGCAGUACUGGAAGCCUUCCUGCGCAAUGAACCACGUUAAAUGCGAACUUAAUGACGUCUAUUAAAAUUUAUAUAUAUUUUACAAAUACUUUAAUAAGGCAUGAUACUUUUAUAGAAGCACCCGGUAUGACAUGACAUGGGCACGAGGAAAUCCUAUGUAUAAGAGUGUAUAUCAGCUGUUGACAUUCCGUAUGUCUCCUUAUUAAAAAAAAAAAAAUUAUUGAAUUACGAUUGAAAUAUAAUUCAAAAGGACAUUUGUUUUAUAAUGACCAUUGAAAUGAUAAAACACUCUUCGUUAGUUUUUGAUUUAAAGCUUUCGUGACCUAAGGGAUUCAUAUUCUUGGUUCUUUCGGUAAAGUCACGUAGAAGGGAAACAAUAAAAUAAUACAAAUAUAAAACAA